ACAACAUCUUGAUUUUGAGUAUCGUACAGUUUGCGAUAAAAGAAAGCGAUAUUUACGAAAACUAAAGUGUCGUGAGAUUCUCUUAUUUUGCAUUCAAAAUAAUAAUUUGAACAUACAUUUUCGAGGAAGAUUUUUAUAAAAUGGCUGGCAUAUUCAAUUUAUUUGGCGGAAUAUCAGAUCUUGAUAAAGAUCCAGUAGUAAAAUCUUUAUCAAGAUCGAAAACUUCUCUUGGAGUACAUGGAGCUUCUAUUAAAACCCCCAUUCAACCGAAAUCAAAAGGAUUAUCGUUUAGAUCUAAUGCUGAUUCAAAUGUACCUGCUAGUCUAAAUCUGAAGAGUUUAAAUAAAGAUGUAUUUAAUAAGCAACAGGAAUGUUUGAACCUAAAGGUUUCACAGUUAGACAGCAGUGGCAUCAGCAGCAGUCCGAUAUCACCUCAAAAAGAACUUCCAGCAAAGAAGCUAACUUGUCAUCCGGAUAAAAUAAAGAGUGUAUCUCCAAGAAAUGUAAUAUUUGACAAAAAUAAUGUGCAAUCACAAAAGCCAUUUGAUGAUUAUGUCUUCAAGGAACCAUUCCUACAGAGAAAUUUAAUUAUGAAGUCCUACCCUGAGCCAGAAAAUCUGGCACCAUAUUGUGAUAUGCAGGCUGAAUUUGAUAAUAUUUAUUCAGUAGUCCUAGAAAAUAAAUUUUCAAGUGUAUUUUUGGACAAGGAGAAUGAGGAUGAGGGAUUUGUAUCAGAACCAGAACUAUUGGAGGUUGAAUUACCAAAAUUAUGUCUGUCACCUGAAUUCAUUGAAGAAAAACAUAUGGAAGACUGGACUGUUGAUUUAUCAAAACUAGAAGAUGAUGACGAUGACAUAUUCUAAUAUCGAUACUACAACAAUCUAUUAACUAUUUUAUUUAAUACUUAAUUUAAUAAUAAUUCUUUUAUUUUAUCAGUAUUAUUUUUCUUUUAUAUAUAUAAUUAAAGUGUGAUUAUGAACGUAAACUUGAAAGAAGACUAUGUGCCUUAAUAAAUAUUGUAUAUUUAAAGAAAUUACACUGUAUAAUUUAUUUCUAUACUGUUUAAACAUCUUUCAAUUGUUAAACCUAAAAAAACAUGUCUGCAGAGAGAUGCAUGAUUGUAAUAGCUGGCAAUGUAGAAGACUAUGCUUUCAAUCAAGUAUGUUUCAUUGCUGAAAAUUUAUCAACAGUUUUGCGCAAUUUUUGUUUUAAGAAAAUUUGUAAAAGAUCGAUCGAAUGGAAACAAUGGUUAAAAGAGAUUUGUACAUGUCAUGGAUGGCAUCACGCUAAAUCUCCUUUAAUAUGGAAGGAAAUUGGAUUAACUAGAACUAAUAUUUCUUACAUUGGAAGAGUCAAUCAUUUUGUUGAUAUUCAUCAUAUGAUUAAAAAAUGUGAUAUUUAUCAACCCAAUAGAAGAGCUAUAGAAUCAAACGAAACUGUAACAUUACCAAUUGGGGUUCAGCGUUCGGAACUAAGAUGGUUUUUCUAUUUAUCGCACGACAAAACAGAUCCUUAUCAAAAUUAUUCCGAACGUAAAGUACAUAUCCAAUCAUUCUUUAUUAUGUACAUAAUACAUAAAAGAAUAUGAAUUCUUAUAUUUAAUCGAAUGUUUUUAGUCGCUUACUCAAUAUCAAGUUGGUAGAUCAGAAGAUUUUCAAAAAUGUAGAGCGAUCUGUGAUCUUUUGAAAUUGUGGUAUAGCAAAGAAGAACGAAUUGGAGAUGAAAUUAUAUCGCUAGGAGUCAUUUCUGAUGGUAAAUGGUGAAAUAAUAAAGUUGGAAACGAAAGAACGUCUUUUUUUUUGUAGGUUCUUUUGGUAUUCCACAAGGAUUAGCAUUUUCGCAACCAGUCUAUUUGAAAGUAUCAGAAGAUCAGUCGCGAGUAUGGGUCCCUUUCACGGAUUUUCCGAUGCCAUACAUGCCAAUCGAAAUAUUUCAAAAUUUUAUAGACACUGCUACUAUAGUGAAGGAAAAAAUAACAAAAUUAAAGAACGAAGAGUAAUCUUCAAGUUAAAUUUGUAGAGGAAGAAUGAAACUAAUAUUUUAUUAAAAUAUAACAUGAUUAAUAAAUAAAAUUGCACUGUUUUCGUAACUGACGAUUUUUUGUUGAAUGGAUGAGAAGAAGAGUGAUGACAGGACUUCUUAAGAUAGUUUUAUUACCUAGUAAAUACAAUUGAAUAAAUUAGCUAAUAAAUGUUACCAUUAUAAUUGUUUGAAAAAAUCAUUACACUUCACCGUGACAUUCCUCUAGAAAGAUAAUUAGUUAUGGGAAUAAUACUUUUUGCCAUACAUAAUGUACUUGAAUUUAAUGUCAUAAUUUUCUUUUUUUUGCUUUGUAUACAGAAAAUGAUAUAACAAAUUAUUAUUACCUGCUUAAAUCUAUUGUUAACAACUGGUAAUCCAUACCAUUUUCCAUUUAAUUGAUAAUUCUUUAUACAGGAUUUCACGUCACAAUGGUAGACAAAUGGAUAAGCAAUGCAUUUCGUAUUACCGUGUCAUUGUUUAUAUCAUUAUUAUUCAAAUCGUGACUAUAGGUUAGUUAUGUACCUUCUCGAAAAAUUAGUACAUACCACUCGUCUAUGUAUUGCAAGAGAGAGAGUGUGUGUGUGUGUAUGUGUGUGUGAAAAGUUCGAAUUCAGUUAAAUCGUACAGCUUUUUACGUGUUUCGAAGAAUGAACGUUAUAUAAAAAAUGACGACCUAAGGAAAA